GUACCUACCUAAUUAGUUUUCGCAUACCUACUUAGUUAAUACUAAGUAUACUAAAGACUUUAAUAUCACAAAACAGCUAGUCGUAAAAUAAAAAUACAUUAAAAUAAUAAUAUAAUAAUAUGAGUCAUAUAUCGUGUAGUUACACCAAAUAAUUUAAAACAUAUUCUAUGGAUAAUUUAUGAGUUUCAUUUAUCCAUAUAUCAAUAAUCAUUUCGCGGAGUAUGCAGGCCAGUAACGAUUCUCUCUCUGUCAUGCCUCAUACUCUGGGCGGAUCACCCGCUGUGUUAUUAACCCCUGGCCGCACCAGAAACAUCGCACAAGACAUGGAAGCCCUCAGAUUAUCUCGCCAGGACAACCCUUAUUUACAGCAAGUGAUGGCGAGUCGAGAGAGUUUGAUAGAAAGUCAUGCAGAGACUUGUGAGUCUGACGACACGAUAUUAAUGUCACAGGAGUUUGGAAGUACGUCGCUAGACUUUGUAGAAGACGAUCCGAUCACUCUUAAAGAGGUUCACGAACAUUUGAUAAGAUCUCCACCACCGACCAGCUGUUGGCCUCACGAUAACAUCUCAUAUCGAGCGGCAAGCGCGUUUGACUUCACCGACGCCGUGGCUUAUAGUGUACCGCAGGAUCGUUCCCCACAUCGGAACAAGGAAGACAUCAAACCUGCUUCGAGUCGGCCGAGGUCAUCUCGUUCGGUGUCCCCAAGAUCUCAUGAUGUCACUAUCUGUGGUAGACCAUUAUCACUACCAGGUGAAAGUCACCUUCGUAUCGCCCUUAGUAAGAAGCCAACACAGCAGUCGGACAGGUUCACAAUGUUACAACAUCCUAAGCCCCUGAGACGCACCAACAGGAGAGGAGACGACAGCAUACAGCUCGUACAGAAUGAUAAGUAACAUUACACACAUGGGCUGGUUACAGGUGUUGCAUGAUUCUUGCUUUUAGCAACAAUACUUUUGAAGAGAUUUUGGAGUCUUGCUGUGAAGGAUUGUUGGAUUCUUGAAAUGAAAGGUUAUUGGAUCCUUGCAACAUGGGAUUGUUGGAUCCUUGCAACACAGGAUUGUGGGAUUCUUGUUACGAUGAUUACAGAUCAUGAUAAUCGAUGGCUAGUUAAGAAUGAGAAUGAUUUUCAUUUACCUUAAGCUAUUAUAGCUUCUCGUAUACACUAAGUUAAGAAUUUAUUUGUGAGCUACUUGUCAAAUAUUCGUUAAAAAAUAAUUAUUUUUCUUAUCUAGUCGAUUAUGUCAAAUAUUUAUGUAUAUGUACAUAUUUCAGUGUCACAAUUAUUAUUAUCCUACCUUAUUUACUAUACUGUGUUAUACUAUCUUUGUAAAUCUCUUUCGAUGAUGCUAUUAGCUAGUUUCAUAGUGUAAUUUAAAUUUAGCAUAGUUAUAUAUAGAUUUGCUUUGGCUUCAAUAGUCGUGAAUACAUGAAGGGUUGUAUCUUACUGCAUUAUGUUAUUCAGUUGUAACGCCUGAAAUUAAUUAACUCUUGAAACUGCUUCAAAAGAAAAUUAUUUGAAAUAUCUUUGUCAAUUAUAUUAUAUGUUUGUUGUAUAUAACAUACAUAUGACAGCAGUCUCAUAACGAUAUCACAUACAUUUGGGUUAUUUAUAUUAGAAUAUCAAUAUAAAUAAUAGAUUGGAAAAUUCUUCAAUAUGAGUAGGGUUUGAGUAUGUAAUCUUUUCUAGUAGAGUCAGUGGAUUCAUUAGGCAAGGCACGAUAGCUCAGUGGUUAAACAACUUCAAUUCUAUAUACCGUUGGUUGCAGAUUCAAUCUUGCUAUUAAGAUGUGAUUUUCACCCCAUAUUUUCUAUUUGAACUUCAAUUUAAGCUAUAUUAUAUUAUGAUAAAUUUCUCAAAAAAAAAAUUAAAUUAACUGAAGCAUUUUGAAAAGUGAAUUAAAAUAAUUAAUUUUCUUUUUGGUAUAAUUCAAAUCAAAUGUCUAAUCGGAAUUGUUAUUGAUG